AUGGCCAGUCCCAGCGGAGGCGGUGACUACAGCAGCUCUAUGCGCAAGUUCAAGCUUGUCUUCCUGGGAGAGCAGUCUGUCGGUAAGACAUCUCUGAUCACGCGGUUUAUGUAUGAUACGUUCGAUGGCAACUACCAGGCGACCAUCGGCAUUGACUUUUUGUCCAAGACCAUGUACCUCGACGACCGCACGGUGCGUCUGCAGCUGUGGGACACGGCCGGUCAGGAGCGCUUCCGCUCCCUGAUUCCUUCCUACAUCCGUGAUUCGUCCGUGGCAAUUGUUGUGUACGACGUCACGAACCGCGAGUCGUUCCAGUCGACGUCAAAGUGGGUGGAAGACGUGCGCGCCGAGCGAGGCAACGACGUGAUCAUCGCGCUCGUCGGCAACAAGACAGACCUGAGCGAUAAGCGUGAGGUCAGCACCGAGGAGGGCGAGGCGCGCGCGAAGGAGUACAACGACGUCAUGUUCAUGGAGACGUCGGCCAAGGCGGGCCAGAACGUGAUGCCCCUCUUUAAGAAGAUUGCGCAGGCCCUGCCCGGCAUGGAUGAUGCACAGAAUGAGGGCGCCGGCGGCGCUACCCAUCACACUAUCGACGUGUCGGCUCAGCCGGCCGAGGACACCAAGUCGUCGUCGUGUCAAUGUUAA